GGUCUGUUCCACAUUGAUAAAAUAACAUCGAAGAAGAAUAUAUCCAUGUCAUCCACAACCCAAACAAGCUUCUGGAAUGCGACGUUUUAUCCAGAUUAUAAUUUCCGUAUGUCUGUCAUCAGUUGUCACAUUGCCAAUAUGUUGCUCAAUAGUUUUAAGUUGGUCGCAGAAGACUAAUUUGGACGAAGAACAAUAGGUGUCUGCUAGCCUCCGGCUAGUAACCGUAGGGGAACAUGCAGAACAUGGCCCAAUGAGAGAUCGUCAAACAGAUUAUUCUUGCCUUUAGGUACACGCAACUGAUGUUGGAAAACAAGUACAUAAUUGUUUGUUUCUCCAUAACAAAGCGGUGGGCAUCGGUGAACAUGUAGGUUACAACAACAUUUCGUAAAAUCCCUCAGACCUUACGCGUUGGUAUAGACCAGUCAUCGUGGGUGUGGUAGACGCUUCUUAAGUUAAGGUCAUCACCAGUGAUUGCACACCUGGAAAGUGAACACACUGUGACAGUUUAUAGGUGAAAUACCCCGCCUCUGUACCAGUCGGGAAAUUGGAGUCUGCUUCUCGAAAACACCAGAUUGUCCCGAUGAGCUGGCUGUGUCUCAUCCCACUGGUGGCCUGCCUGGCAGUGGUGGAUGGAACUGAGCUCCCCGCGGACCAGCUGGCCGCUCCUCGACUGUUCAAACAGCCCGGCAAAGUCACCUUUGAUCCACAAGAAGAUGCCACUACGGUGAGGUUCGAGUGCGCGGCGCUAGGGGACCCGGCACCACAGUACAUCUGGAGGAGGAAUGGGACCCAAAUAAACCAGAAUUCCCGGUACCAGUUCAGCGCAGACGGCGGUAUCCUGACCAUCCUCCAGCCGACAGCAGACACAGACAGCGGAACCUACCAGUGCGAGGCUUUCAACGAGUAUGGUCGGGUCAGAAGUGUUAGCGGCAGUCUGCGAUUUGCUUUUUCAAACCGGUUUCCGGCCGGCGUCGCAAGACCCGGCGCCUCCUCGUCACAGGGUGACGGGGCCAAACUGGUGUGUGACCCUCCGGCCGCGUUCCCAGGACUCUCCUACGAGUGGAUAGAUCACGAAUCCAACGAGUUCAUUCCUGACCCUAACAGCGAUGACGACACGAAUAUCCAAGAACGGGCCUACGUGUCUAAGAAAACCGGAGACCUCUACUUCUCCAACGUCAUCAGCGACAGAGACACCGGGGGAUACCAGUGUGCGGUGAGGCUGAGCACGAGGAAGGACGCCGCUUUUAGUGACGUGAGCGGCUCCACCAGGCUGGAUGUGGCGGCACGAAGUUCAACCCCAGUGAGCUCCCCACAGAUAGUGCUGAAUGAGGACGUAAUCUACGCCGAGGAAGGAAGUGACGCGCUGAUAGAGUUCCUCGCCUACGGGAACCCGACGCCCACGUACAGUUGGCGUCGGUUACAAAGCGCUGGUGCCGGUGCGAGGCAGCUGUCCAUGCCGGCAAGAGGCACCAUGGAAAGGUACAACAGGAACUUCGCCCUCAGCAAUGUGACCGUGGCAGACGAGGGCUUCUACGAGGUGACGGCCACCAACUCACAGGGCUCGGACACCGCAGUCACUCAGCUCGAAGUGGAAAAUAAACCAAAACUGACCCAAAGCCUGGCUGGGCAGAACCAUAACGACGGAGUGGGAGAAGACAUAAACCUGAACAUGGGAUGGGAGACGAGCAGGACGCCUGUCUCCUCACAGUGGUAUCACAAUGGGGAGCCAGUACAGGACGGUGGGAGGUAUACCAUCACCAAAUCGCCCACAGGAACGACACUUCGAAUUCCGGACACCCAACCACAGGACACCGGUUCGUUCCAGUGCAUCGCCACCAACAUAUAUGGCAGCACAACAAGCUUUUCAGAGGCCAGGGUUGGAGCUCCAAAGAAAAUGACUGACGCCAGGGUGGUUAACAAGGGAGACGGUUGGGUGACGAUAGACGGUUCGAAGCCGGACAGUUUCGGCACGGUGAACGGGUACCAGGUUCUGUACUUCCCGACAGACGAGGGGCCCAACGGUCCGAACAAAAAGGUGGCCAAUGUGGCCGGCCCAGACGGCUUGCCCACCACAAUUAGUAAUCUGGGAAACAUAGAGGACUACACGUAUCAGGUCCGAGCCACAACAGACGAAGGCGUGCCCGGCCCAUACAGCGCGCCUAUCGUCGGCGGUGUGAACCCCACGGUAGCACCCGGAGGCGGCGGCGGGGGAGGAGGAGGAGGCGGAGGCGGUGUCCGUACAGGCGGCGCUGGAGUGCCAUUGCUCGCCUGGUUGUUGCCUCUUCUGCUGCUACCUUUGCUUUUGAUGCUGUGCUGUUGUUGUUGCUGUUGCUGCUGCCGCGCUGGUCUGUGUGGGACGUACUGUGGGUCGUGUGGAGCAGCCUGCGAAAACAUGUGCGCCCCUUGCUGCGGCGGUGCCGUCGGUGGUGAUCUCGAGAAGCCCGAGUGGCCAAGCCAGGAGAUCGUCAAACCGGGUCUGGAUAUGGAUGUAGGAUCCGCCGACAUCAAAGGGGGAUCUGCUGGCAUCAAGGGUGGAUUCGGCGGGGUCAAGGGUGGUUCUAUUGGGAUCAUGAACGAAUCCUUGGCCCUGGGGAGUGGACUACCAUCUGGAUCCAUGGGGAUGAAGGGCGCUUCUCUGGCGGCGGGUGGGGCCGCCUUGGCCGGUGGAGCCGCCUUGGGUGGAGCCGCCUUGGGUGGAGCCGCCUUGGGUGGAGCUGCCUUGGGUGGAGCCGCCAUGAAGGGGAGUGGAGCCGCAAUAAACGCUGGGAUGUCUGCAGGAAAGGCAGGCAUGUCGUUGGUGAAACUUCAACGUCUGCGCCGCCACAGUUCGCUCCUGGUGGAGAAGAUGAAUUCACAGACAACUAUUGAACACCUGGUGAAGAAUAAGGUGUUCACUAGCGACAUGGCGCAGUACUGCAUGAGUGCAGGCUCAAAUCAGGAGAGGAACAGACGGAUCCUGGAGCUGAUGCAGGCUCGCGAUCGCACUGACGCGGACUUCGACGUCUUCUGCAACGGGCUCAGGGCGGACGGACGGACGGCCUACCUUGGUGACCUCCUUCAGGGUGAGGGUACCAAACGAGAAGGAGUGGACCUGAACCAGCAGGUCCUGAGUGAGGAGAUGAGGCAGACCAGCGGGACCCUGAGGCCGGGGUCAGGAAUGCUCAACGCCCCCCAGUGGCAGCAGAUGAGUCUUUCAGUUCCCAGUGUGCACAUGGACGAGGUGAAAGUGGUGGGUUCUGUGGGCCAGCAGGGGGCGCUGAUGUCCGCUUCCUCCGCCACGGUGCCAAACAACCACCCUGUCAUCUUAGAAGUACGGGGAGAAGUUGACAACGUUGAAUGGAUGUACAACGGAAAGACAAUCCAACAAUCCUCGGGCGUCCGCUCCACAUCAGAUGGUUUCACCCACGAGCUUUUCAUUGACAGGAUGACCCCUGACCGGGACGGGACCUACACCUGUAAGGGCAACACGCCUGAUGGUGGGACGGUGUCGUGCGAUAUCAAAGUCAACACGCUGUUGGAAUAGGCUACUUAUUAGCAUAGCUCAUUCGAACAGUAUUUUGACAGUGAUGUUAGUGGUAGCCUUUUUUUUAAAGUCGACCAUGUAACGUUAAAUUACCAGCAGACAUAGACCGCGUACAAGUCAUUUUAAGACCACCAAUUACUAGUAAUACUAGAGGAGCGCAGUUUAUUAGAGGUUUCGCCCUUCUGGGGUGUCGCACAGAUUUAGAGUCAACAUUUCAAUGGAUCGGUAAAAUGCAGCCUACAUUAUUACUUAACGGAGCUGAUAGUUACAUGGACUAAGUCGUGUAGAUACUGUAGAUGCCAGUAUUUCAAUGUUUGAUAUUUUUCUUGGCUUCAAACAAUGCAGCUAUUUUUACGUUGAUGUUUGUUAACCUAAUUGAUAGAGCAAACCGAUGCUCGAUAAGUCGUUAUGAAUUUAAUUAAGAAUAUAUUUUGUUUAGGGUUGAAGCAUACUGUCUGCAGAGUUUUAAGUUUGAUACUGUAUGCUGAGAGCAGAGAGCUGUCUUUCAGACUUAGCGCAUUUUGUUAGCAAGGUUUCCAGUUGACAUAGGAUGAUUAGUUUUACGAUGAGCUUAGUACAUCUUCAAGCAUGUACAUGUAUGUUAGGUAUUCUCACUGUGUUUUGACAAUAGAUUCACGCGGAACAGUAACGUUAGAUGCACGGAAGCGUAGUCGAGUUUAUCUCAUCUGUCGUGACUUCUGGGAUGUUACCAAAGCACUCCAGCGGCACUCCACCAUACUUGAAACAGUAGUGUGACAAAACAGCCGAAUAGUUUGAUUCUGACUGACGUUUUCAGAAGGCCAAGGUGGGCUAGUAAGUCUCUCUCGAAUCUACAGUGUCUGUGCAUAGUGCUGCUUGAAAUUGUUGCAAGUUUGCCAGAGAAUAAACUUAACAAAAAAAGAUUGUCUUGUGAAUCAUAUCCGGAAGUAGAAAAAAUGACUGGACAUAGAUGGUCUUAACAUCAACCCAUCUGCCCCCUCUCUGCAAUACAAGAGUUCAAAGUGCAUGACCCCUCUGCCCAGUGAACACACCUUUUAUACCCUCCGGCCAAUUCUAACGCUUGCAAUUGUCUGGUACAAUGCAUGACUUGCAGAAACAAGCUGGCGCCUGAAAAAUGCAUGGUGGUAUUCUUGUACCUACCACACCUGACACGGGUCAGUGUGAAAGUACAGGUGUAAACAAACCCCCUCAAACUAUCAGCAGAAGAAGACUGCGUCUGUGAAAGAAAACACUCGAGCUUUCGUCCAUACUACAUAAAACAUGCUUAGCCGUUUGUGGAAACAAUACCAUUUCCAUGCCUUGGUCUGUGGAAUUCUUAGUGAGAGAUUGGAAGAUAACGCAAACAAUCGCAGGUGUCCCGAUGUUAGGUUCAUAUGACCAUGAGGGGUCAAACAGCACAGUAUGGGAGGCCCUGUAGGCAUCAGUAAACGGUGUUACGCAGUG